GUUCAGUCUCAUACUACGCGUUACCUCGAACGACUACAGCGAUAUCCCCAACUCAACCUUGAAUCAACACCCGAAGUUCAAACAUGUUGAGUGCCCGUCCGCUAGCUCUGAACGCGAGCCUUCGCGACAGGACACUCCUUCAAGAGAACCUCCACCGCGUCCCUCUCACAGUCAAUGCCAAGGCAAAGACCGUUCAGACGCCCCGACGCCCGCUCACCAUCCAGUCGCACAAGAUUCUGAGUCGCAGUGCUAAGCCAAGCAUUCGCGUACAGAAACCGCUCGGCGACAAGACACCGUUCCCGAACCGCGUAGCCAAUGCGGUACCCUUCGACACUCCCGCCCCGCAGACAGCAAAGCUAGCGAAGCUCGCGCUGCUUGAGGCUCCACAGCAAACACUACCAGAGUCUUUCCUUCGACCCUCAUCUGCUAGGAAGAGCCUAAGAGCGCCGAGGGCCAGCGUCGGCGCGCAACAUCUUGACUUCAAGACGCCUGUGACGCUAGGAAACCACUGGGACGUUAGCGAUGGAGAGAUCGAAGUGGAGGCGGAUGAAGACGUCCUGGAGGUUGCGGAUGUAAGAGGGGAGGAUGACGAAGAGAUUGAGUACAUGCCUCCUACGGCAAUUGUCCCUGCGUACGAACCCCCCUUCGAGAUGCCCGAUUACAAGCAACUCGGCGCGACGAUGCGCGGGCUCGCUCACUCGUACAAGUUUGACGACACGGAUGAUCUCUACCACGCCCUUAAUGAUAACGUCGACAUUGGCUCCCAAGAACUAUGGCGAGGGAGUGGUUUCGCAUCUGUGGAGAGCCCGUCGCAUUGGGAGACUCCAGAGCUUCCAACGCUAGAAAACGAGCUAUUUGUUGAACGGAGGAUAGAGCCAAAACCAAGUCGACCACAGGGUCGGGAUCCGACUACCAUUCAGCACAAGCACACUUCUAGCCUCCCGACCAUUCGAUCUACAUCUACCAUGCGUUCUACCCCUUCUAUCAAUACCAAACCACCUACCCGCCCUGGUCAGUCUGCAAGUCGAGCGCCUUCGAGGCCUACGUCUGCGACGACAACUACUGCAUCCACUUCAUCUCGAUCUGCGGCUGGACCUAGCACUGGUGCCUCAUCCAAUAAGCCCUCCGCGAACGCGCGAGCACCCCCCGUUCGUCCUCGGAGCCAAACCACGUCGCAGAUCGCUCGUCCGGUGAGCGCGACUGCUACCAGGCACGAUCCGAAUGCACACAUGCGCUCUGUUGCCUCGAAGGAAGCCACUUCGAUUGCUGCGCGGCCAAAGGCGACGAACUCGGUGUACGCGACCACAGCUGGGUUGUCGAGAACUGCAAGCUCUGCUACAGCUGCGUCCAAACAGACGUCUGCGAGGCUUGGGCUUGCGGCUACGUCGGCGAAGACGAUCGCAGCGGCAUCGCGGCCUAUAACACGGCCCGUCCCAAGCUCUGCUCGUACAACUGCAAGUACGACGCAAGUGACAGUCGCACCGACGAUGGUCAGAGCGGGUUCGGCACCGGGAAAGCGACCAGUGGCCAUGUCUACGGGUACGAAGCCCAAGGCAUCUGUCCCGGACGCAGGUGACUUGCUCCAGUUCGACGAUCCGCUGGCGAGUGAUGAGGACUUCGUGUUUGAGUUUGAUAUUUGUACCGAUUCCUGAAGAGCACUUGCUGUGUGACCUCGUGUCAUUGAAACCCAUUUUAGUCAAGCAUUCGCUAGAAUUACUAUGGCGAGCAACCGACUCAUCCUGGGUUGGAUCGUAUAAGGUUUGUAUCCAUUUCCUUGC